AUGGGAAAAGUAGCGGAGAUGAAGAAGAAGAAGAAAGGACGCCCCUCUCUCUUAGAUCUCCAAAAACGCAGUCUCAUAGAACAAGAGCAACAGCCACAAAACCCUAACUUGAAAAACCCUAAUUUUCCUAAUCCAAAUCCUAACUCAACACGUCGAUCCACUCGCCGGAGCGCCAAAGUCGACGAAAUUUUGCCGGCGCCAGACUGGAUUGAAGGCGUCGGAGACGACGAUGACGAGCGCAAAGAGAAGAAGCUUAAGCUCCUUCGCCGCUUGUCUCCGAAUCAUACGCAAAAUCCUGGAUCUUUGCCGAAUUCCGUGUCUUUGCACUCGGUUUCGUACGCUUCAAAUUCGAAUGCGGAUGUUGAGAAUCCCGAGGCGUCUCUCAAGAAGCGGAAGAUCAAUGCCGUUGGUGACGGAUCUGGCCACACCACUGCCGAAAAGGAAGAAAAGGUUGCGAAAGCGACUGAUACUCCACAAGGGUCGAGGUUGGAAUCCGGCCCCACGACACCUUUGCCAGACAAAAAGUUGUUGGUGUUCAUUCUUGAUAGACUUCAAAAAAAAGACACCCAUGGUGUGUUCUUGGAGCCAGUGGAUCCGGAAGAGCUUCCCGAUUACCAUGACAUCAUAGAGCAUCCCAUGGAUUUUGGAACUGUGAGGAAGAAACUAGAUGGGGGACUUUAUUCCAACUUGGAACAAUUUGAGAGCGAUAUUUUCUUAAUAUGUUCGAAUGCAAUGCAGUAUAAUGCACCAGAUACUGUGUACUUUCGACAGGCACGAACGAUACAAGAACUAGCAAAGAGGGACUUUGCAAAUUUGAGGCAAGAAGGUGAUGAUGGCGAGCCACAACCCAAAAUUGUCAGGAGAGGCAGGCCACCAACCAAGCACCUGAAGAAAUCUCUUGGAAGUUCUCCCUUAGAGCAUGUUGCACCUGAGACAUCCUCUGAAGCGACUCUUGCUACUGGGGGAGAUAAUUCCAUCUCAUCUAACUCCUACAAUCUAAGGAAAGGACCUACUCCAUGCAAGUUUCGACCGGCAGACAUAUCAGUGAAGGCCCAAUAUGGGUCCCGCAACAGUGACAAUUAUUCUAGCUGGUUGUCUGAAUGGAAUAAUGAAUUUCCAGCUUCCAUUUUGAAGGGAGUUUCCACGAAGCAUGGCAAGAAACCUUUUGAAUUAGAUGAAAAUAGGCGUGAUACCUAUAAGCAUCCAUUGGCUUCCAACCAUGAGCCAUCAGUGUUGACUACCCUCCAUGGAGAAUUGAAGCAACUGAUGUCGGUAGGUCUACACUCGGACCAUGGUUAUGCAAGAAGCCUCGCUCGAUUUGCUGCAGAUCUUGGGCAAGAUGUUUGGAAAAUUGCUGCCAAGAAAAUUGCCAAUGUUUUGCCUGUUGGAGUUGAGUUUGGUCCUGGAUGGGUGGGAGAAAAUGAGGCAUUAGCACAGCGGCCAUCUCUGUUGUGUGAGAAUCAGAAAUCUUCAAACAACUCAACACCACCACAUCCACAGCCCCCACCUACUACUUCUGGUUCAAGUCUGUUUGUUGCAAACAGAUCAUCUCUCCCUUGUAAAGAAGAGUCAGGGGAAGCUGUCAGAGGAUUAAAUUCCCAAAUCGAGUUAACUUCAAGACCUGCUCCUCCUGAAAUUCACCAAACGCUUGGAAUUCACCCUGGUUUGAAUGGUUUCAGUGGUGGGUUUGGGUUCAAUCCUUCAUCCCAAAUGGGAAUGGCCAGACUGGCCAUGCUAGCAGGGAAUUCCAGUACUGAAUCAAUGCCAUCUCAAAAGCUUGGCAUGGUCUCCAAUAGCAGCUCUAUUCCCAUCCAUCCAAUGCAGGCUAACUACUUUGCUUCGGACCGGCCCGAAUCACCAGUUUCUUCAAAUACACCCCGUUCCAGAAAUUUAGCUGCACCAGGGUCUCUCAUGAAAGUGCACACACCACCCGAGGUGCUGAUCGGUGGGAAGGCGUCAUGGCAGGGAUUACCACAACGGAUUCCACCCGACCUCAAUGUCAGAUUCCAGGCACCAGGCUCACCCAGCUCCAGCACCACGCCCAUUGCUUCAUCACAACAGCCAGAUUUAGCCUUGCAGCUGUGACGAUGGAAUGGUCAUUUUUCUAGUUUUCUGAUUCAAUGGAAGGGUUUUGCAGCCCCUUGGGAUAAGAACAACAAUAAGCCCAGUGAUCUCUAAGCUUUGAGCAGUGCCUUGCCCAUCAAGGGUUUUGGGAAAGGAAGGCAAUGGAAGGGAAGGGAAGGUUUUGUACAGAGACUAUUAACGUAUUCAAAUUUUUUUGGUUAGAAGUUAAAAACCAAGAAAAAUCUAUAUUUGUAACACUUGCAUCCCUGAUUUAGUGAAGAUAAUUUUAACUCCUUCCCAUUGGGAAAUGAACACAGAAGAAAAAAGAAUAAUUUUAAUAUCGUUUA